CCUUGGGGUGGUUGACAGGGGAGGGAGCCAGGGAGGACAACACGUGCGAGCCUGUGUAGCGGCGCAUCAAGGAAGACAACCACCGCCACCACUACAGGCCAGCACGAGGCUACGGGCAGCACACCAGUGGGCCCAGGGCAAGAUCACACAGCAUUAUGAAGCCUAAAAGCAAAGGUGGUGUGAAGGCAGCAGGGAUGAAGAGGAAGAGAGAGAAGAUGACAGCCAAGACCAGCAUGGACGACAUGUUCUCCAUGAUUAAUGAUGGCGAGGAGGAUUCUGAUGAGGAAAACCCACAAACAACUACGAAAAGAAAGCAAAGCAAGGUGAAAAAGAAAAAGAUGGAUGAAGAUAAUGACGACCUGGACUUUGAAGAGGAUGAAGACUUGGCUGGGGUCGGCAAGAUGAGUCGCAAACAAUACCUGGAGAAACUGAAGAAGAACGAUCCUGAAUUUUAUGCCACAAUGAUGGAGUCGACCGAUGUGAUGGACUUGAACAGUUCAGGAGAAGAGGACAGUGAGGAGGAGGAAGAGGAAAAGGAAGAGGACAAAGAAAGAGGUGGAGCAAUAUUUCAGCCACCUUCUAAGCUGGAGGUUGGCAGUGACGAGAGUGAUGUAGAGGAUGAGGAGCUUCAGAAGAGAGGCUCCAACAUUGUCACAGCUUCAAUGAUCAACAAAUGGGAGCAGGAAUUACAAGGCCCCAAGCCUCUCAAUGCCUUCUUGGAUGUGUCUCAGGCCUUUUUGGCAGCCAUUGAGAGUCUGGGAAGCAAGGACAAUGAGGAAGGAGAAGCCACCAGCAAAUACAAAGUGGAAGGUCCCCAAAUUUUCAAUUCUAUAAUCCGGUUGUGCCUGCGGAGUGUGCCGUCAGCUUUGGCCGGCAUUCUCAAGCUAAAGACACCCAAGGAUGAUCCCACCAAGAGCAGAAGAUGGACCAAGAUGAGGAACUUCUUUAAGCCGUAUCUCCGGAAUCUUGUCACAUUGACAGAGUGCAUGGCAGAAGCCAGUGUGGCAGAGGUGGUCCUGAACCGAGGGGUGCUGCCUCUCCUGGGGUACUACGCCAAGCACCCGGCUGUGUGCAAGAUGCUGCUCAAGAGACUUAUCACGCUGUGGGCCACUAGUGAGAAGAGGGUCAGGGUGGUGGCAUUUGUUGCCAUCUUCAGAUUAGCACAGAACCUUCCCCCAAAGCCCCUGGAGUGGGUGCUAAAGCGGUUAUAUUUGACCUACGUUCAAAAUUCGAGAUUCACGUCACCAUCUACCUGGGGCCUGAUUGACUUCAUGAGGCUGUCCUUGGUGGAGCUGUAUGCCCUGGACCAAGUGCUGGCGUACAAACAUGCCUUUGUGUAUAUCCGUCAGAUGGCUUUUCACCUCAGGAAUGCCAUCAUGGUCAAGAAGAAGGAGCGGAUUCAGCUGGUGUACAAUUGGCAGUAUAUUCACUGUAUCCACUUGUGGGCUGAACUCCUGUCCAAGACUCACCCUAGUCCAGCCCUGCAGCCUGUCAUUUACCCACUCACUCAGAUUGCCAUUGGAACAAUGAAGCUCCAGCCCACUCCUUCCUUCUACCCGCUGGUGUUCCAUGUGUGUGACAUUCUGACAGAACUUUCCCGACACACCAGCACCUUCAUACCAGUCCUGCCCUUCCUGUUGGAGAUUCUCAACAAAGCUCCCCUCGGUAAGAAGCACAAGAAGGCGUCCAUCAGACCCUUUGACUGGCUGUGCAUGUUGCGUCUCUCCCGCUCUGAGAUGUCCGAGUCUGGCUUCAAGGACGGCGUGGUGGACCAAGUGUACAACGGCAUCAUCAACUACCUCAGUGUUGAGGCCGCCUCCAUUGGCUUCCCUGAGCUGGUGGUUCCACUUGUUUUGCAGCUGAAGGCAUUCAUGAAAAAGUGCAAGGUUCCCAACUACAAUAAGAAAAUGAAACACUUGUUGGAAAAAAUAAAAGAAAAUCAAGAGUUUAUUGAAUCCAAGAGAAAAGAUGUCACCUUUGCCAUUGGAGACACAAAGUCUUUGAAAGACUGGGAGAUUGCAGUGAAGCAGGGUGGAACACCGAUGUCAUCAUUCCAUGCCAGCUGGCGCAAGCUGAGGGAGAAGGAGCACAUGAGGCGUAUCUCCAACAGAGUCCAGAUGGACGACUACAACCUGCCGGUGGUCAAGAAGCGAGAACUCCUGGAGAAACAGAAGGCUAAGGAUAAGGACGAGUUUAAGGAACUGUUUGCUGAUGACGAUGAUGAGGACGAGGAUGACGACGAUGAAAUAAGGUUCAUGUCCAAAAGUGAAAGGAAGAAAUACAAAGAUCAGAAAGAAGAAGAGGAGGAUGAGGAGGAUGAUGAUGAGGUAGAGGAAGGAGAUGAGGAAGAUGGAGAUGAAGAUGUGGUUGAUGAUGAAAUGAUGGCUGCCUUUGAUUCUGAUGAUAACAUUGAUGAUGAUGCUGAAGAUAUUGUGAAGGAAGCAGAUUUAUCAACUUUAUAAAUAAAAUAAAUAUGGGUGCAUGA